AAUUCCUUUUUGGAGUUAAUUUCUCAUUUUUCCGAGUGAUUUUUCCGAUGGAGGUUGUCAAGAACUCAAGAAUGGGGACUCCGAUGAAAGAUCCUCAAGGGUCUCAGUCAAGGAACAGGGAAAUUUCUAAACCCUCUGAGAAUUCGAACCCCAAUGUAUCCCGUUCAAGUCCUAGCCUGAAACCCUCAAAAUCGCCGUUAAGCAAAUCGGUGAAAUCCCUAAAAUCUGCUUCCAAGAAUCAGGGUGCGAGUACGGCUCUUAACCCGGUUCUUUUUUCUCCGAGGAACAAGAUCAGAGAGAGGAAGUUCGUGGUAGCCAAGAAGAAUUCGAAGAAAGAGAAAUCGGAGUCGAAUACAGUACUUGAUUGCAAGUGCAAGGAGAAAUUUGGAGGCAACAACAAGAAGUGCGUUUGCGUUGCAUAUGAGACUUUGAGGGCAUCGCAGGAGGAGUUCUUCAAGAAUCGGGCUGGUCUCGAAGAUGAUGGCGGAGUGGACGAUGGAAAGUCUUGUGACAGAGCUGAGAGUGGAGUUCAAGAAGAGGCGGAAAAGGGCUCUUCGAUUCAGAAUCCUGAGAGUCAAGGUUGUUAUGGAUCAAACAAACAAGACCCAGUUGGGGUCGAGUAUUUGAACCAAAAGGAUACUUCUACCCUUAAGAGAAGCAGGGACAAGUUGCUAGACGAAGUAAGGAAUAGCGUGCCUUCGUUUGGGAAAGUGAUGAAUUUGGUUCAGGCGUUUGAGAAGCUGUUGUCAAUACCAAAUUCAAAGGAAUCAGAGAAGAAUGAGGAGGAGGCUGACGAGAAUAAUGCUGAUACCAAGGAGAAGCCAGUGAAAUGGACAUUACCUGGAAUGCAGACAGCAAAGGUACCUGACAUGGAGACUAAGACACAGUUCUCAUCUUCUUCAUUCUGUGCAUCAGAUUUGGUCUUGACAGCAGAAAACCUCGGUUUAGAUUCACGUUUCUCAGUGUCCUCUUCGUGGGAUGGCAGCAAAGGAAGUAUAUCUGGCAGGACUUCCAAUGGUGGCCGGAGAAGCAGAAGAAAUAGUUCUGAUUCUUGUGGGACAAUGGGUGGAAGGAGAUGGAAAAAGAAGCAGCCCAAAGUCACUAGCCAAAAACCAUUUAAGCUAAGAACAGAGCAAAGAGGCAAAGUGAAGGAGGAAGAAUUUGUGAAGAAGGUGCAAGAAACGAUGAUGGAAGAAGAGAAGCAGCGGAUUCCAAUCGCUCAAGGCCUCCCAUGGACAACUGAUGAACCAGAGAUCCUGAUUAAACCUCCUGUCAAAGAACACACAAUGCCAAUUGACCUGAAACUUCACAGUGACCUGCGUGCAGUGGAGCGGGCUGAGUUUGAUCAUCAGGUAGCUGAGAAGAUGAGCCUGAUAGAACAGUACAAGAUGGAAAGAGAGAGGCAACAGAAGUUAGCUGAAGAAGAAGAAAUAAAAAGGCUAAGAAAGGAACUGGUCCCCAAAGCACAGCCCAUGCCAUACUUUGACAGACCCUUUAUUCCCAGAAGGUCAAGAUCCAAAGCCAUCUGCUAAAAGAACACCCUCUUUCUAAUUCUCUAAGCCUUUCCAUGUAAGCUUGGUCCCUAUUCAACACUGAAAGAUCAUAUUUCUUUCCUGUGUUUUCGCUUUCUUUUAGGUCUAUGAAGCUUCCUACAAUACCUAGAGAACCAAAAUUCCAUAUCCCGCAACAUAAGAAGAUGAAGUGCUGCCUUUCCUGGAAUGAUAUUAGUUCUUAUACUUUCCAACACCAAGGCAACGAAGCAUGACAGGCGUAUAAUUCUUAGGGCAUCGUGAUAUCUUCUUCUAUUGUUUUCCAAAUAAUGUCAAAUUGUCAAUCCUUCUUUUUCUUCUUUGUUUCUGUUCAUUGAAAUUCUUUUGAAUAUUUGUAAAUGGGCAACCAUUUUAGUUGCAGUUUUGCUUAAUAGAAUGCAAUUGGUUGG